AGAUGUCCCGAAAGCAAAGCAAUUUCCUCACCAGUACUGAAUCCAAAACACCUCUCGUCAUCCACAAGCCACCCCUUCAACUUCAACAGAACCGAACAUGUAUAAAUCCGGCACUGUUGUCACCAGAGACACUGCAAAGAUGGCGGCAUAUGCUCCUGUGGAAAUAGGCACCAAGGGAACUGUUGGAUCCCUCAUAAUGAGAGAAAUUGAGCACUUCAGCCAGCUCGAACUAAGCAGCCGGUGUAGCUCGCGAAAGGCUCAGCCCCAACUCAAAGACAUGGUUUCAUCUACUAGUCAUUUGAGACCGACUUUUGAAUCAGUUAUAAAAACACAAAAGAAGAAAAAGAGAGGCAGCAAGCUCCUACCAAGUGUAUGUUCUAUGGUGGAAGUCUCGGAGAACAAUCGACCAACUAGUAUUUCUACAUACAGUUACAGGAAUCUAAGAUCUGAAGGGAAGAAAUUGCCAGCUUUUUUGGAGUAGUAGCACCACAGGGAACAGAAAAAGAAGCAGUUUGAUGUUUAUUAAUUUCUGGAAGAUGCAGACGUCAGAGAUACGACUUUGAUGGACUCUAAUUCUCUUGUCUUUAGGGAACUGACCGUCCCAGUGGUCCCGACUCUGAUGGAUCCUCCACCACCCUUUAUUCCAGCGUCUGAACCAUGUUUUUUCUCGUCUUAAUCAAAGGUUUGAGCAGACACCUUUUGGCAGGGAAUUUCUUAGUGAACAGAAUCUUCUUGAGAGAGAUGUUACAACCAACUCAGUUCAAGAGCCGUUCCUGCAACCGCAUCAGCCAAUGCGGUUCUGGAUAUGAAUGGUGUAUUUGAACAGUAGCUUUAAAUCAGACUGUAAGUAGAGUUUGUCAACAAAUUUAUGGUCAAUUUUUAGUAGUAGAAAUCUUGAGAUGUUUAAGAAACGAAUUCAACUGCCAAAUUUCGGUACAUAAGCAUGAGUGGACAAGGCAGAGUAUUGAGUGGUAUUAGUGAGAUCACUGUCUUUGCAUUUCCGA